AUUGUGUAGAAGUGGCCCUCGACCCGCAAGCAAUUUCUCUCGUGAUUUCUUGAAGCGUUGAGCUCGUUGGCGAUCCGAUCGGCAGGCAGUAGACAUGGCGCCAUCGGCCCGGCCUUCGAAGGCUUUUGUGAAAGAGGAGAAGAAGAGCGAUGACAUCAUGGAGACUCCCGCUUACAGCGCGGAAAACGUCCAACACAACAUGAGGAUCAUCUAUUACAGUCGCACAUUUUUGUCAAUUGUGGGAGGAGUGGUUGCCGGUGUGCUGGGUCUCUCUGCCAUCUCGGGCUUUUUGUGUUAUUUCAUCAUUAUGCUUCUGGUGUCCGGAGGAAUUGCUGCGAAGACUAAAUUUGAUAUUUUCUCCUACUUCGACUCAUGGCAACGUAUCACAGUUGAUGGUAUCACGGCUGGAUUUAUGUCUUUUGUUCUCUUCUGGACAUUUGCUUACGACAUUGUUCAUAUUUUCUAAGGACACGGUUUGCUUCGACCUGAGAACAAACAGGGGCUAUUUUCUAGCUCUAGUAUCACUUUCUGUGUUGUUGCUUCCAUCAGUAGUCAUAUUUUUGUGCCUGAUGGAACUGAAAAUUGUAAAGAAGUGGCUACCUUAUACACGUGAACAGUUGGAGGGUGACACUUGCGUCAGCUCCCAGGACAUCGUACGGGGCUGCAACGUAGAUUCAGCAGGUAGCCCUAAUAAAUUCUACACAAACACACACUGUUUAUUACGUAAAGCUCAUGGUAGACACAGACAUUCAAGCGAUGACGUUCAAACUUUCUCAGAAGUAGGGGAUCACAUGAGCUUUGUAUACACCUGCUCUUCGUCCUCCUCCAAUUAGAAGAGCUCAUUGUGGUCAGAGUUGGAUGGGCCAAACAUGUGAAGAUUCAAACAAAUGCAACAGCAGUCGUUCAUUUCUCAGGUUAGUUUUUUUGGUCUACUGGUUAGUUUAGAGAAGGUCAAUUACGUACUGAGGAAUCUCCAAGAGGCUUUUGGGCACAGAUGUACACUGAUGGAGCAGUCGUGUCGCUUAUUAUGAUCCUUAAGCGACGGACGAAAUUCUGUAAUUUGAUGGGAUGUCUUCAUCGUUGAGAAUGAAUCUGUGCACUGUAUGAGAGAU